UGUAACGUUAUUUAAAAACUUAUUUCAAAUAACCUCACAAAAUACCUUGAUGGAGUUGUUGGUACUUUACAAAAGAACUAGAUAAAUUUAUUUAGAUAUUAAUUAAAAUGACUACUUUGAGACCAUUUUGUUGUGAUGACAUGUUUAAAUUCAACAAUGUUAACUUAGAUCCCUUGACGGAAACAUACGGCCUCUCAUUCUAUAUGCAAUACUUAGCUCACUGGCCAGAGUAUUUUCAAGUUGCUGAAUCACCUAGUGGAGAAAUAAUGGGAUAUAUUAUGGGUAAAGCUGAAGGCUUAGGAGACAAUUGGCAUGGCCACGUUACUGCUUUGACUGUCUCUCCAGAUUAUAGACGUUUAGGAUUAGCAGCUUCUUUGAUCAAUUUUCUAGAGGACAUUUCAGAGAAGAAACGCUGUUACUUUGUUGAUUUGUUUGUUCGAGUCAGCAAUAAGGUUGCUAUAAACAUGUACACCAAUUUAGGUUAUAUAGUCUAUCGAACAGUCUUGGAAUAUUAUUCAGGGGAUCCAGAUGAAGAUGCUUAUGAUAUGAGAAAAGCCUGUUCAAGAGAUGUCAAACAGAAGUCAAUAAUACCAUUAACCCACCCAGUGAGGCCAGAAGAAGUAGAAUGAAGAUAUUCAAAGAAAUUAAAAUUGGAAGGCUGUUAAAAUUAUGUGAAUAAAUUAAAUUGAAUUAUUUUUGUUCAUGAAAGAUUUUUGAAAAUUUCAUAUGUAAAAUUCAGAAAAGAGGUCCCUUUGAAUGGAAAUUAAUUCAUCAAAUGUGUUUUCAAGAAAUGUAUCAUUUGAUUAAUUGGGAAAAGCUUUCUAGUGUGUAUUAUAGAGCAAGGCAGCUUCAGUCCAUGAUUCUUAUCUUUCUGUAAAGUACACAAUUAUUCUUGA